GGAUCCCGUUCCCGGUUCGGGGACGCGAACCAACUGCGCCCGACCCUCGAGCCUCGGUACUGGCCUUGCUGGCCUUGCUAGCCUUGGCUCGCUGAUGCUGUCGUGGCCUCCCUCCUCUCCCCUCAAGCCCCUGAACUCUCUUCCUCCUCACCUUCUCGUCGUUCUUCCUACUCCUAACGCACUUCUCACCUCGCCAUGACGGCACAACGACAGUCGCGCUUCUCCGGGGUGGACCAGGAGAGCGUCAAUACGCUCCUCCAGGCUUAUACGGUCAGUGCCAUCGAGGAGGAGGGUAAUGAGAAGCCCUUCGUUGCUCCGGGCACAAAGGCGCAGCGCGAUAGAAUAUGGGUAGCCUGGACCGAUUUCUGUGAACUUACUAGGAAGAAUGAAGCUGCAAUAGACAGCCGUAGUGGUUUCGACUCCUGCCGCUUCUGGGUGGACUUCGCCCAGGAUCCAUCAAACCCAAACGUUCUGGCACCGGUCCAGACCUUUCUACAUAGAUAUGUGGAAAGCUCCUACAAGGAACGUGUCGUGCUAGGGCCUGAGGAGCGCGCCAUGGUCCGCACGGUCAACUCCGCUUAUAGCGUCAUUGAGGUUUGGCGGAGGCUCGUCGCAGCGGCCGAUUUCAAUGUUCUCCGCGUUGAGCGGGCUGCGCUGCGAAGGAAUGGUCAAGCCCAGAAGGCCGGCCGGCUUGUGCUAAUGUGGGAGCAAGAAGGCGAGAAACGCGAGGGACCCGCCUAUUCAAUUGUCAGGUGGAUUCUCCAGACAUUAGCCCCAACACUCGGGUUGGAGAUGGGCUCGUCGUACGAGAAGGUCGAGGCAACAGGAGCAGACAUUAUCGUCAUUCUUACAGCGCUGUACUCAACUCUCUUAGUCGGAUGAUAGACAUAGGAGUAGAAAUGGUCGAAGUGGUCGCUGCAGAACAGCGUAAACUCUUGACCCGCUAGUAAGUCGAUAGGGAUCGUCUUCCCUUUCUUAACUCCGGACUGC